UCGAGUGUUAUCUAUACUCGAUUGUCUCCCUUGAGUUUCCACAAAAGAUGGCGGACCGAGCGCCUGGUGGCUCUCAAAAAGCUAGCGCGAAGGCGCUGCGUGAGAGCAAACUCAAGUCCUUCAGCAUAGGAAAGAUGUCAGUAGCCAAGCGAACUCUGAGCAAGAAAGAACAGGAUGAGAUGAAAAAAAAGGAGGACCAGCGAGCAGCCGCUGAGAUCUAUGAAGAAUUUCUUGCCGCUUUUGAAGGUGGAGGGGAUGGAAAAGUUAAAUCCUUUGUCCGGGGAGGUAUUGCAAAUGCAACAAAAGAAGAGGAAGCCAACGACGACAAGCGAGGAAAGCUGUACAAACCUAAAUCACGUUUUGAACCUGUACCCAAAAGCAUAUUACCGUUGGAGACCCCACCCCAGUUUCUAACAUCAGAUAGGAGACAGCCUCUGAAAAAAAGCAAUGAAAAGGAAAAGAAGAAGAGCAACUUGGAGCUUUUCAAGGAAGAACUGAAACAAAUACAGGAGGAAAGGGAUGAGCGGCACAAGCAAAAGGGACGCGUCAGUCGAUUCGAACCUCUACCUGGGAUGGAAGGAAGGCGGUCAACGGAUGGUUCUUCAAGAAGAAACCGUCCGUCCAGUGUUUUGGAUGAUUCUGCGCCAGGAUCUCAUGAUGUCGGUGAUCCGUCCACUACAAACUUGUACCUGGGAAACAUCAACCCACAGAUGAAUGAGGAGAUGCUGUGCCAAGAGUUUGGACGUUAUGGCCCUCUUGCCAGCGUAAAAAUUAUGUGGCCAAGGACGGAUGAGGAGAGGGCUCGAGAGAGGAACUGUGGCUUUGUGGCUUUCAUGAACAGGAGGGAUGCUGAGAGAGCACUCAAGAACUUAAAUGGCAAGCAGAUCAUGAACUUUGAGAUGAAAUUAGGUUGGGGCAAAGGCGUUCCCAUCCCGCCCCACCCCAUCUACAUCCCUCCUUCCAUGAUGGAGCACACACUCCCACCGCCUCCCUCUGGCCUCCCCUUCAAUGCACAGCCCCGGGAAAGGCUAAAGAACCCCAAUGCCCCGAUGAUUCCUCCACCCAAAAACAAGGAGGAGUUUGAGAAGACUCUGUCGCAAGCCAUAGUCAAAGUGGUUAUCCCAACAGAAAGGAAUUUGCUCUCUCUCAUCCACCGUAUGAUCGAGUUUGUGGUGCGUGAAGGCCCAAUGUUUGAAGCCAUGAUCAUGAACAGAGAAAUAAACAAUCCUAUGUACAGGUUUCUGUUUGAGAACCAGAGUCCAGCUCAUGUGUACUACAGGUGGAAGCUGUACACCAUCCUGCAGGGCGAGGCACCGGCCAAGUGGCGGACGGAUGACUUUAGAAUGUUUAAGAACGGGUCCUUGUGGCGGCCACCUCCAUUGAAUCCCUAUCUGCAUGGUCCCUACGAUGAUGUGGAGGAGGAGGAAGAGGAGGAGCAGGGGAAAAAGGGUUGCUUAAAGGAAGACGAGCGAGACAAACUGGAAGAGAUGCUCCGGGCUCUGACUCCCCGAAGAGGUGACGUGGCAGAAGCCAUGUUGUUCUGCCUCAACCACGCUGAAGCUGCUGAAGAGAUCGUGGAGUGCAUCACCGAGUCUCUGUCCAUCCUCAAGACGCCACUUCCUAAGAAGAUUGCACGGUUGUACCUGGUGUCCGACGUGCUCUACAACUCCUCAGCCAAAGUAGCCAACGCGUCCUACUACAGGAAGUACUUUGAAACUAAACUGAGUCAGAUCUUCUCAGACCUCAACGCUACUUACAAAACCAUACAAGGUCACCUGCAGAGUGAAAACUUCAAGCAACGUGUGAUGGCGUGCUUCCGUGCCUGGGAGGACUGGGCGGUGUAUCCGGACCCCUUCCUCAUCAAGCUGCAGAACAUAUUCCUGGGUCUGGUCAAUCUCCUGGAGAAGGAGACGCCGAGCGUCGUGCUCGAGGUAUUUGUUUUCAACCUGCCGAAGGUCCCGUGUCUUGUUGUCUUACACUUGUACUCCCAGCAGGUGGAGCCGCCCGAGGACAUCGAUGGAGCUCCCAUAGGAGAAUAUGUGGAUGGAGCCUUGAUGGAGGAUGUCGACGGGAUUCCCAUCGAUGCAGGGAACGUGGACGGAGCUCCAAUAGAUGGUGCUCCUCUGGAUGACCUUGAUGGUUUCCCUAUUAAACAGAUGGAGGAAGAUAUCGAUGGAAUCCCAUUCGACCAGUCCAAAGAAGCCGCUUUCAAAGUUGCACCUUCCAAAUGGGAAGCAGUGGAUGAGUCCGAGUUGGCGUCUCAAGCUGUGACCACGUCCAAAUGGGAAAUGUUUGAGCAGCCGGAGGAAGCGAAAAAGGACGAUGACAGCGACGACUACGACAAGAGUUCCGGCGACACUCCCAGUUAUUCCAACUCGAGCAAAGACGACGGUGACGGGAAGACGAAAAUGUCGGAGAUGAACGAGGAGAAGCGAAGCAAACUCCGAGAGAUCGAGGUGAAAGUCAUGAAAUUCCAGGAUGAGCUGGAAUCCGGGAAAAGGCCGAAAAAGUCCGGUCAGAGUAUUCAGGAGCAGGUGGAGCACUACCGGGACAAACUUUUGCAAAAGGAGAAAGAAAAGGAGAAACUAGAGCGGGAAAAGGAGCGGGAGAAGAAGGAGAAGGAAAAGGCAGAUUCACGGUUAAAAGACUUGAAGAAGGAAAAAGAGGACACGCCCACCAGGAAAGACAGGAAAUCCUCGCCUGCCACCAACAGGAAGCAGCGGCACAGCACCUCUCCCAGUCCCACCAGGAGCAGCAGCCGACGAGGACGCUCCUCCUCACCGCGCUCGGAGCGUUCUGACCGCUCCUACUCUAAAGACACCUCCUCACGGUCCAGCUACAAGGACUCCCCUCGAGCCAGCAACAAGAAGUCCUCAAAGAGAUCGCCAUCACCGCGCACACCAAAACGAUCGAGGAGGUCACGGUCCAGAACACCCAAGAAAUCAGCCAAGAAAUCCCGCUCCAAAUCCAGAUCCCCACACCGCUCCCACAAAAAGUCAAAGAAGAGCAAACACUGACACGCCCCUCCCCAGAGGACGGCGCCGCGGGCAGCCGACAGUCACGAUGGUGUACAAACGUUUGUGGACGGUGACAGACUGGGCUUCUGCUGUUUUAUAUUGUACAAAGAUCCGUGCUUGUGUCCAGAGUUCAUCCGUGCGGUAGACCACCACGGAGCGUGACGACAAUAGUCUUAUAUCCAUGCUGUCAUUUUCCGUUUUUGUAGCUCACCAUAAAACUUGAUUCUGAAUAAAAAGGUUGUUUCUAAUCACCU